AUGUUCGAACUGCCGGAUGCGAAGUGGGUGCGCCGCGACGAGCUCCAAUCGCCCACAUCAUCACCACGCUCUUCGCCGGAUCGAGACCUCGAGGAACUUUUGCGGUCCAAGAUCCACAGCCAAUUUACGUAUACAACGACCGAACAAGUCGUCGAAGAUGCUGCGCACAGUGAUGACGAUGAGGCGGAACUGCGACUCUUUGCUGCACCUUCGAAUGCGCCCGCGCAAACACACAAGAUCCGUUUAUCGUCCCCCACUGCCGACAGUGGAGAGCCGGGCCUCAUCUUGAAGAAGCCCCGAAGCUACUAUUUUGCCGAUGAGCCCACAAGUGACGAGGAGGCUGCCUUCCGGGCGGCAGCCAUCGACGGAAAGGGCGUCUUGGAGCUGUCACAGCUGCCUUGGCCGGGCUGCGCCUUGCCGUGGAAAGUGCGCAAAAUCUCGCCAGCAGGGAUGAGAAAAGAAGUCCUGGUCGGCCAUCCUGCAAUGCUCGCCACGGCGGAGGAAAAGAUACACAAACGGACAAGAAAGAGCAAGAAGACGCGAAUUGCAAUCAGAAAGAAGCUGCAGGCGACCAAGGAGAAGCAGAGUGAGCAGGCACGGCUUGCGCAGGAGAAGAUGGAGGCGGAGCGCGAAAAGAAGACGCGCAGAAACAGAGAAAAGAAGUUGAAGAAGAAGGCCAAAGAGUAG